UUAUUCUUAACAAUAGACACGAGCAGAGUAGGAUCUCGUCUCUUCCAAGUCAAACUGUUCGUCUCCUCUCUCCUAAUCAUCAAUCCCCAUCUCGUCCGAGCAGUAGCACCGCGGGGUAGCCGGUAGGACUCAUCUCGUCCGUGCUCGGAGCUCAGGUUGGUCGCCGGCGCCGUCCGCGGUGAGCAGCAGCCAGCAGCCGAAGUCGAGGCUCCUGGCAGUGGCGCGGUCGGCCUAGCUGCUAGCUCUUUUGCUCCUGCUCUACUUCUAGAUCCACCACUGAUGGAGGUUGUGCAAGCUCCUAUUCCUCUCCCUAAGAUUAUUUUUGAAUAUGCAGCGAGGAGGUGAUGAUUAAGGACAAAAAAAACCUAUUCCUUCUUGAAAAUAAAGAAGGUGAAUGUGAAGGCCAUGAAACAGAAGCAGUACAUGAAAAAGUACACAUACAAGGUACAGUAUCCCAGGCACUGCCAGUAAGAGAGAGCUUCUGAAAAGAGAUAGACAACAAGAGAGAAAAUAGAAGAAGAAAAAAAGGCACCAAGCUAGCAAGCGAGAGAGAGGGUGAGAGUCGAGAAUGGAGUUCGCCACGGGGGCGAUGAGCUCUCUCAUCCCCAAGCUUGGUGAGCUGCUCAUACAAGAGUACAACCUGAAGGAGAGCGUGAAGAAGGGGAUUGGAGACCUCAGGGACGAGCUCCUGAGCAUGCAAGGGGCCCUUGUGAAGGUAUCCAGCGUGCCGCUGGAUCAACUUGACCCGCAGGUCAAGAUUUGGGCUAAUGAGGUCAGGGAGUUGUCAUAUGCCAUCGAGGAUAGCCUCGACUCCUUCUUGAUGCGCGUUGAGGGUGUUGACCAGCAAACCAAGCCCAAAUUCAAGCACUUGUUGAAGAAGGCCCGCAAUAAAUUCACCAAGUUCAACGCGCGCCACGAAAUUGCUGGUGACAUCAAAGACAUUGAGAGCCAAGUUAUGAAGAUCAAAGAAAGGUACGAGAGGUACAAGAUCAAUGAUAUUAUUCCUAAUCUUGCAUCAACUACAGUUGACCCUCGUCUCUCGGCUCUAUACAACAAGGUCUCUGACCUUGUUGGUAUUGGUGAGCCAAUUGACGAGCUAAUGAAGGUCUUGCUUGAGGGUGCUGACACGUCCCAAAAAGAUCUCAAGAUAGUCUCUGUUGUUGGAUUUGGAGGUUUGGGCAAGACCACCCUUGCAAAAGCAUUGUAUGACAAGCUUAGCAAAACAUACGAGUGUCAAGGUUUUGUUCCAGUUGGUCAGAACCAAAGCGUGAAGAAAGUUCUCAGCGACAUCCUCUUUGAACUUGACAUAGAUCUCUACAGAGCUGCAGAAAGAAUGGAUGAAAGGCAGCUGAUCAACCAGCUGCAAAAAGUCCUUGCAGGCAAGAGGUACUUUAUUGUUAUUGAUGACUUAUGGGACAUACAAACAUGGGAAAUAAUUAAGUGUGCUUUCGUGGAUAGUCACCCAGAAAGUAAAAUUAUCAUAACUACUCGUAUUGUUGAUGUUGCCACAAGAGCCAGUGGGAUCUACCGCAUGAAACCGCUUUCCAAUGAUAACUCCAAAUUGCUAUUCUAUACAAGAACAUGUGGUGGUGAAGAAGUCAGUCGGGAUAACCAAUCCGAUGAAGUGACCAACAAAAUCUUAAAGAAAUGUGGUGGUGUGCCAUUAGCUAUCAUUACAAUAGCUAGUUUGCUUGUUGGUAAAGCAAGGGCGGAUUGGUCUAAGGUGUAUGAUGCAAUUGGUUUUGGGCAUGAAGACAGUGAAGUCGUUCAGAACACAAGAAAGAUAUUAUCUUUUAGCUAUUAUGAUCUACCUUCCAAUCUAAAGGCAUGUUUAUUGUAUCUCAGUAUGUUUCCUGAGGAUUACUUUAUUGAGAAAAAAACACUAAUAUGGAGGUGGGUCAUUGAAGGAUUUGUCCCUGAUAAUGAAGGGGUGGGAUCAUAUGAGCUAGGGGAGAUCUAUUUCAACAAGCUUGUUAAUAAAAGCAUGAUCCGGUGGAUAGAGGCUGAUGAUCUAGGUUUCACUAACAAACAAGGUGGUUGUCGUGUCCAUGACAUGGUGCUCGAUCUCAUCCGCACCAUGUCAAGCAACAUAAACUUUGUUACUGUAUAUGAUAUGGAACAACACUACACCCAUUUGCUAGGCAAACGAACCAAUAGGGUUCGCAGAUUAGCACUUCAUGGAAGAAGUGUGGAACACAGCUCUAGCAUUGAAAUGAAACAAGUGAGGUCAUUUAAUGCUAUCACAUGUGGUGAUAGUAAGUUGCCCCUCCUUUUGAGCUUUAAUGUGUUACGUGUGUUAGUUAUUGAGGAUUGUGGUUUUUUGGAAGGUCACAGUCUCGAGCAUCUUGGGAAGUUGGUUCAUCUGAGGUAUCUAGGGCUGGUGAAGAGUAAAGUUAACAAGCUCCCGGAAGGAAUAGGUCAUGAUUUGAAGUUUCUUCAGAUUUUGGAUGUAAGGGGAUGUUCCAUAAGUGAGUUACCGCCGUCUGUUGGUGAGCUACAGAAUUUGAGGUGCUUGUGGGCUGAUGAAGGUACAGGUAUGAAGGGACAGAUAGGGAAGCUAACAUGCCUUGAAGAGCUGCAUCUAUAUUUGGUGGACAAGUGCCCAAACUUCUUCACGGAUUUGGGUAAGCUGACUAACUUGAGGGCGCUCCAAAUUCAGUUCAACGAAUGUGAAGAGACCGCAUGCAAGGCUCUGGCAGAGUCUCUGUGCAAACUGCACAAGAUCCAAAGUCUUAUUAUCUGGAGGACCAUCUUCGAGGAUGAUAUGGAUUACUUCAAUAAGGAAUUUUGUGUCCGUUUCGGCAGCCUGGAAGACUUGGCACCCAGUUCAAAGCUUCGUUUCUUUUGUCUACAGAGCAUAAUUAUACCCAAGAUGCCAUCAUGGAUCAAUUCUUUGUGUGUUCCUCUUCUCUCUAACUUGUGGUUGUAUGUGGAGGUGGUAGAAACUCGGGGUCUGCAAGCCCUCGGAAGGUUGUCGUCACUCCUCUUCCUCUUUCUCGAGAGUGAGGAGGAAAAGCGCAUAUCAUAUACCUUUGGCAGUUAUGAGUUUCACAAGCUGAGAAGUCUAGUAACGAAUAUAAAUAUCGCUACUGGAGCAGGAGCAUUGCCGAUGCUGCGCACACUGGUAUACAGUGCCAGCGCUGUAAGAAAAGACAACUUGGUACCGUGGAAUAAUGACAGUCGUUUACUUGAGAAUGUUUGCUGUCGGCUUGACUGCGCUAACAGCGGCCGCAGGGAAGUGAAGGCAGCGAAGGCAGUCCUGAGGAAAGCGGAGAGAGCCCAUCCCAACGCUGAGGAAUUCUACUUCCAGACAACCGUACGGAACUACACGCGGAAGGCAGCUCGACUCAUUGACGCACUCGGGUCAAUCCUACAUGGUUUGGACAGGCCUGAUGGGGAGGAAAUAACUGCAGAUCAACGAGAGCUACGUUGCAUGAUUAAAUCACUGGAGACUUUGUUACGUGAUGAUGGCGAGCCUCGAGUUGGGAGGUAUGGCGAACAAGAGCUGCGUGGUUUUGUCACCAAAUUCAAGAGUCUGUUACAUGAUGAAGCAGCUACGGACCAAGAAGAAGAGCCGGACAACAGCGGUUCCACGGACGGCAAUGACGACGACAAGGACGCGGACACCGACACUGAGGACGAUACAGAUGAUGACAAUGGUGAUAAUGAUGAUGAUAACGGCGCCGAUGAUGAUUCCGAGCAAAAGGAGGAAGACGAUGAUGUUGCCACAAGCAGUGGGGGUCACAUGGUGCUGCCCUGAUGGCGUUCCGUUCCCGGAACCAAAGGCGUUGGCGGGUGGCUUCUUGGUUGCUGGGGCUAUGCCCAGUCAAAGUGGGAGCUGCGGCAUCUGCCAGGUUACACUUGUUAAGCCUGUCGCCACUGCUCAAGUGUUAGUUUAACUCUUCAGUUACAAUAAAUUGCAGUGUGCUAUGUGUGUUUGUACACAACAACACGUCUGUGGGUAGCUAGGCUUAAGUUUACGUGUGUCUAGAUCACCACGUCUGAUCCUCGUGGGAUGGCACGAGUUGUGGAUGGCGUGGCGAGUUUGUAGGAGAGAUGGACAUGGCGAUGGUGGGAUGGCACCGUCAGUAAGCCCAGUCGUUGAUCCCGAUUUGUAGCGGUUUCAGUUGCAACCGAGUAUAUUGAAUAAAAGGAGCGAAAAUAGAAAAGUGGUUAGUUGAACACCAUGCAAGAA